AUGGAUAUGGAGAAUCGUUACAUCUUCCUGGUCUUCAAGCAAUGCCCAAAUCUCACCGACUUCUUCAGUCUAGUGCUCAGCCAAGACGUUGAUCCUUUGGAUGUCGCAAAGUACAUUGACGAGCACCGCCCAAAAGUGAAUCGCCUGGUACGUAAUAGCAGGUAUCGCAAUCUCCAGUUGAUCAUGGAUGUCAUGAACACCUUGCCCACCCACACUGUCCAAAUCCUCAUUUGCUUCUGGUUUAACGAAUCUUCAACUGACCUGGCCUCCCAUCUCUUGAGGCACUCGGCCUCGCUCCGCGAGGUUUAUUUGGAGCAGUGCCAAGAAUUCAACAACAAGGCCAUCCAGUCGAUCCUCGUUCACUGUCAAGCACUCGAGGCCUUCAGCCUCAAGUCCAGCGCAGCAUGGAAAAUCAAGUUUGAUCUUGCCGACGCCAUAGAGUUUCCAUGGGCCUCCACCUGUCUCGAGGAUUUGCGCCUGCUGAUCGCCAUGGACUACAUCGAACCCACACCUGAAGGACCUUUCUACAAACGUCUGCCGCCAAUCAAUAUCACUGCUGCCGAGUACAGCCAGACGGUCAUGCUCGAGAAACUAUACCGCCAAAUCAGCCGCCUCGUCAACUUGGACAAGCUUGUUCUGAGGCUCAUCGUUUGCAAGCACCCAACCGACAUUGCUUCAUACACCGAAAUCUCGUUCCCUGGCAUGCUCUCACUUCCCGUGAAGACUCUGAUCGAUUUGGAUACCUGCAUCUCUUGGCGGGCCUCAAGAAACUCCGCCUACUGCACAGAGUCAUCAUGGCGCGCAGCGACGAGACCGUCAAGUUGA